AUGUCUGGCAGCCGGGGGCCGCUCCGGGACAGCGCGCAGAGCCCCGGCUGGGCCCGCCUCCCCCCGCGGCGGCGGCGGCGGCUCCCGGCAGCGGCGGCGGCGGCGGCUGCCCCCCCCCCCUCCUCCUCCUCCUCCUCCUCCUCCUCCUCCUGCCGGGGCGGGAGCGGCGGCGGCGGCCGAGCAGGGAGGCUUCGGGGCCGGGCCGAGUCCCUGAGGGAGCCGCCGCCGCCGCCGCCGUCUUUGAGGCGAGCGCGGCGGAGGCGGAGAGAGCAGCUCUCCGGCGCUCCGGGCCCCAGCAAUGGUGACAGCGGCGCGGGGCGCCCCCCCGGCCCGGCCCCGCUCCGCCCCGCUCCGGCAGGCAAUACUUUACAAAACUUUUCUAAGGAACAGCAAGAAGGAAUUCAAAAGCAUGAGAUAAGAUUGAACACGACACUGAAUUUAAAAUGUGUUUUAAGAGAGGUGCUGAAGUCCACUUGCAGAUGGUUGGAGCAGGAAGAGGAAUGGAAGAGUUUGAGGAGAAAAAGGAAAAGAAAAAAAAAAAAAAGAAACAAGAAAAAAAGAAAAGAAAAAGAA